AGGAGGAAGAUGGCUUCUUCCAAGCCCCUGGCCAGAUUCUGGGAGUGGGGCAAGAACAUCGUCUGCGUGGGGCGGAAUUACGCGGAGCACGCCGCAGAGAUGAAGUCAGCUGUCCCCACUGAGCCCGUCUUCUUCCUCAAGCCCUCCUCCGCCUACGUCCGAGAAGGCUCUCCCAUCCUCCGCCCCUACUAUUCCCAGAAUCUGCACCACGAGGUGGAACUGGGGGUGGUGAUCGGGAAGAGAGCGCGAGGGGUCCCCGAGGAAGCGGCCAUGGAUUACGUGGCAGGCUACGCCCUCUGCCUGGACAUGACGGCCAGGGACACCCAAGAACAGUGCAAGAAGAAAGGGCUUCCCUGGACGCUGGCCAAGGGCUUCAGCACCUCUUGUCCGGUCAGUGAUUUUGUGCCCAGGGAGAAAAUCCCGGAUCCCCACCAACUGAAGAUCUGGCUAAAAGUGAACGGGGAGUUGCGCCAGGAAGGGGACACGUCUGCCAUGAUCUUCUCCGUCCCCUACAUCAUCAGCUACAUCAGCAAAAUUAUCACGCUGGAGGAAGGGGACCUCAUACUGACCGGGACCCCCAAAGGGGUUUCGGCUGUACGAGGGGACGACGAAAUAGAAGCUGGGAUCCAGGGGUUGUUGAGCAUGCGGUUUAAAGUGGAAGAGCAGGAAUGA